UUUGCAGUUAUCAAAAUACUAAAGAAUCAUUGAAAAUAAUCUUUUUCGACGACUUUAUUUGAACUAUUAGCUAAUAAUUGGUUACCAAUUAUAAGACGCCAUGAAAAAUUACGGAUACCUAAAUUAACUAAUCUACGUAGUUGGCACCAAUAGGAUCGUUUGAUAUGGAGGAGAGCGUUGAUAUGGAAGAUAAAAAUGUGACAAUAAGAGCUUUAAGAAAGGACACAAUCACUCAAAUAUCCCAUUUAUUGAACCCAACCAAGCAUUUUACCAGUGAUAACAAACUGUCCAGAGAUUGGAGGGGAUUGGCAGCUUUAUGUGAUAUUGAUAAUACAGCAUUGCCUAAUAUACAAAGUAGUAAUAAUCAGGUGGAACUGAUUUUGCAGAAUUGGUUUGAAAAGGACAAACAAAAUAAUACAGUACAAAAGUUUUUGGAUUUUUUGGAGAAAAUCGACAGAUGUGAUGUGGUUGAAGAUGUCACACAUCUAAUAGAUGAGGAUGUGAGAUUAUACCACCAAAAUCCCAAUGGCUACAACCCAGAACCAGUAAACCCCAAAUCGGAAUUUGAAAUUCUAACCUACGACGAUGACCAGCGUAAAGCCCUGGGUCAAGGUCCCCAAAUCUACGACGCUUUUGUGUUAUUCGCCGACGACGACAUCGACUUUGCCACCAAACUUAUGAAAACCAUGGAGGACGAGUACAAUUUGAAGUUCUGUUCGAAGGACAGGGAUCUUGUUGGGGGCGUGUUCGAACAUGCAUCCAUCAUAAGAUUGAUUACGGAGAGGUGCAACAGAUUGGUUGUCGUUUUGACGCCUGCAUUUUUACACAGCUCGCAAAACAAGUUUUUGUACAGUUAUGCGCAAUCCUUGGACAACAGUCAGAGAUAUAGAAAAAUUAUACCAUGCACAUAUAAAGAUGUGGAUUUGCCUAGUGACUAUAGGAUUUAUUUUAUUUUGGAUUAUAGGAAAGCACAGUCUACAGCUUUGUAUGAUUUCUGGAGGAAAUUAUACCAAUCAGUAAAAGUCACAACUUAUUGUGCACCCACUAUUCAAAUAACCCCACCAAAUGAUGCACAAAUUAGCGCCGCACCGUCGAUACAAAUCUCCUUGGCGCCCACGGAAAACAACCUCGAAACGCUGCGCUCGGUCCUGCAGCAGCACACCCCCACCCCGCUGGCCGACGACGUCGUCGAAGUGCCGACGAGGUCGCACGACCACCACUCGGUGCACUUCGUGGAGCCCGCCGUCGAGACCGCGCCCGACGAAACCGACAUCAUCGAAGAGGUGGCGCCGCCGUCGCGCGGCGAAUCAGAAGCCGGCGACGCCUCGCCCGCCCCCACCGUCAAAAAAAAAACGCGCAUGUCCAGGAUCAAGAAGCUGUUCAGCGGGCUGCACGGUCACAAGCGGCCCAAAGCCGCUACGACGUAGUGCAGGUUUUUAUGCAUUUUUGUUGUUGCGGAGGGGUGCUUUCAGUUGGAAAGUUAGUUUUGGUGAUAAAAUGUUUUGGUAAAGACUAGACUGUACAAAAAAUCAACUAUUUUUUUCCUGAAAUUUUCACUGUACCAAGAAAGACGCCUGUGAAAACCGGAGCUCUUAAUUUAAAUAUUUAGAUGUCGCGCAUAGAGA